AUGGCUAGCAAGGCGGAGAAAAGCUCCAGCCUCAGCGAACCCCAGCAACCUGAGAAUGGAGGAAUGGACGACGAAAUUAUCGCGGCCGUCGACAGAGGUACCGAUGUCAACGCCACAGGCCACAAAGAUCAACUGAGGCGGCAAUACGGCCUGCUGGGCAUCGUUGGUAUUGCACUCACAGUCGACAACGCCUGGGCAGCCUUGGGGUCGUCCAUAUCGGUCUCCAUCAGCAAUGGCGGACCACCGGGUCUUAUCUUCGGGCUUAUCGUCGCCAUCUUCUACUACUCGUUCAUUGGCUUGAGCCUUGCUGAGACAGUUCUGACCUCCCUAGAGCUUGCUUCAUCGGUACCUACGGCGGGUGGUGUCUACCAUUGGGCGACUAUUGCGGCUGGUCCCAGAUAUGGUCGAAUGGUCGGCUUCUUCACGGGAUGGAUCAACUUUUACGGGUGGAUGUUUGAUCUGGCAGCUCUGGUUCAGAUCACGGCAAACAUUCUCGUCCAGAUGUAUGCGACGUACCACCAGGACACCUACGUACCUGCGGCAUGGCACGUCUACAUCACCUAUCUCCUAGUCCUGUGGAUCUCGACCUUCUUCGUCAUCUUUGCGAAUAAGCUCGUUCCGCAUACACAAAAGGCUGGCAUGUUUUUCGUUAUUGUUGGCGGUGUCAUCACCAUCAUCGUCAUUGCAGCCAUGCCAAAGACGCACGCGACGAACCACUUCGUUUGGAACUCGUUCGAAGAGAACAACCUGACUGGUUGGCAAGGCGGUGUUGCGUUCCUCCUAGGUGUCCUCAACGGCGCCUUCACUAUUGGGACACCCGACGCCAUCACACACAUAGCCGAGGAGCUCCCCAACCCAAAGAAGGAUCUCCCUAGAGCUAUUGGUUUACAAAUUGGGCUAGGCGGUCUGUAUGCCUUCAUAUUCGCCAUCGCCUUAAGUUAUGCAAUCACGGAUAUCUCCGCCUUGAUAGGCGACAGCAACACUUACCCCCUCGCAAGUAUCUACCUCCAGGCAACUGGCAGCGCUGGGGCGACAUUCGGUCUCCUGUUCAUCAUAUUCCUGAGUAGCAUUUGCUGCUGCCUCGGGACUGUGCUGACUAACUCGCGGACGUACUGGGCCCUAGCUCGAGACAACGCCGUGCCUUUCUCUGGCAUCUUCGGCGAGGUCCACGAAGGUCUGAGCUGUCCUGUCUGGGCUACGCUUUUCGUCUCGAUCAUCGCCACGGGCCUGGGUGCGAUACCCCUCGGAAACAGCAGCGCAUUCGUAGCUCUAACGGGGUCUUUCAUCGUUCUGACCACCAUCUCUUACGCGAUCCCCUUCGCAGCGAACAUGAUCACUGGUCGGAAGUACUUCCCAGCAGGCCCGUUCCAUCUGGGGAAAGCCGGCUUCGCGAUCAACCUGAUAGCCGUGUUGCUGAUCGCAUUGUUCGAUAUAUUCUUCUGCUUCCCCUAUGCCCUCCCCACCACGGUUGAGGGCAUGAACUACAACAGCGUGAUCCUCUUCGGCACCGUCGCGCUCUCCGCCGCCUGGUGGUUCAUCCACGCGACGCGGCACUAUCCGGGACCGAAGGUCAUGCAGCUGUAUAUCCACGACGAUGUGGCGCCUUUGAAUAGCACGAGCAUGUUCGAGAAGCCUCACGGGAAGGCUGAUGGGGCCGUGGGGAAUAACGUGGUCACGUAG